CCUGGUGGAGGGCGGGGCCGACCUGGGCUACCAAGAGUGCCAGCCUAGCGUUGCACAGCAGAGGUGGUGGUGGUGGCCCUCGUCCGUGGCUCUUGUUCUGCUUGCGCUCGACCUCGCAGCCAUGGAGGGACCCCAGGAGCUUCUGAGUGGGAAGCUCCAGCUCUCCUUCACCCCCGCUGCCGGGACCAGCUUUCUGAUGUUCAGGCUGAACGACGCGGCCCUUCGGGCGCUGCAAGAGUGUCGGCGGCAACAGGUUCGGCCAGUGAUCGCUUUCCAAGGCAACCGAGGGUAUCUGAGGUUCCCAGGCCCUGGCUGGUCCUGCCUCUUCUCCUUCACAGUGUCCCAGUGUGGCCAGGAGGGCCCUGGUGGUGGCUUGGACCUUGUGUGCCAACGCUUAGGCAGAUCUGGACCUAACCACCUGCACUGUCUGGGCCCACUCAGGGGGCGCCUCACUAUUUGGGCAGCCUUGGAUUCCAUCCCAGCCCCAUCUACAGUUCAGAGGCAUAAUCUGAUGAACAGUGCCAUAGAUCCUGAGACUUGGCAGAACACCAGAGACUAUUCUGAAGAAGACACAGUUUCACAGCCACAGAUGGCACUAAAAGAGGUGCCAGAUCCACUGGCAAGCAGCCAAGGACAGUCACUCCCAGGAUCCUCAAAGGAACACAUAGCACAGUGGGAACUGAGGUACUUGGGGCAGGUGGGACUAAGCUGCGAAUCGCUGGUAUUGUCUUCCUUUCUAAUCUCUACCCUAAAUGCUGUAAUAAGAGAUCUUGGUCUUCAUCUCUCCCAUUCCCUCUUCAAAUAUCCUAGAAACCAGACCUAUCUUCCAAACAGAGAACUUGAACAGGCACUGCCUUCCUCUGCUAGCCAGAAACAUUUGGACAGGCAGAAGCGUCCAGCACCUACAACUGCUCUAGGACCAAAAGAAAAGAGGCUCAGAACUCUGCCUUUAGCUCCAAGUCCCCUACAAGAGCCACCCCAUCAGGACCUACAAGAGGGAGAAGAUUGGGAACAAGAAGAUAAGGAUGAAGACAUGGGUCCCAGGCUGGAACAAAGUCCCUCAGUUCAAGCAGAUUCUGAAUCCCCAAGCCCCGAAGAGGUACCAGAUUACCUCCUGCAAUACAGGGCCAUCCACAGUGCAGAGCAGCAACAUGCUUACGAGCAGGACUUUGAGACAGAUUAUACUGAAUACCGCAUCCUACAUGCUCGUGUUGGGGCUGCAAGCCAAAGAUUCAUAGAGCUGGGAGCUGAGAUCAAGAGAGUUCAGCGAGGAACUCCAGAACACAAGGUGCUGGAAGAAAAAAUAGUCCAGGAAUAUAAAAAGUUCAGGAAGCGGUACCCAGGUUAUAGGGAAGAAAAGCGUCGCUGUGAGUACCUGCAUCAGAAAUUGUCCCACAUUAAAGGUCUUAUCCUGGAGUUUGAGGAAAAGAACAGGGGCAGCUGAAGCUGUCAGAGGGCUCUUUACCCUUGUUCUGCUCAGUGAGAUAUGAAGGAACAAAGCAGCUAUGAACUACACAGAGUGCAACUGUCUGCUCUUAUUGCUGAGGCCAUGAUGGCAAGUACGAGAGUUGAUCUUCUAAGAUUCCUUAAGGUCUGACUUUCAUUGUUGCCAUAUUUUACUUUUUAGGGUUUGGGCACAGUGCCAAGACUCCACUGCUGUGCCCAGGAGAGAGGCUUGGCUUCUUCAUCUUUAGCUCAGCCAAGUCAUUUUCAAAUCCUGAGAAAUGACACCAUUUCCAGGACAAGAUACCUUGAGAACAUUAGAAUUUAGCCUGGUAGCCUUCCUAAAGAAACAGUAAUGAGAACUUCUGGUAACAGAGCUUGUAAUAUACCUGGAUAUAAUGGGAAAGGGCUUGGUUGUUCCCCCUGUACUGAAAGUGAAUUCUUUUUACAAACAUGGCUGAAAAAUGAAAA